AUGCCGUGUUAUACAACCUUCCUUGAAAAACAACCGCUAGAACCUUCAUCACCAGGUUAUGAGCGAGCUGGCUUCACAAAUGAUCGCCAUAUUAAUACCUACUGUAAGUUCAAUAUGGCGGAAUAUAUUGACUUUUUAAAAUGUCUGAAUGCAGAAGAUCUGAAAUGUUAUAAAAAUGUAAAUUAUCCUGGCCUGGCUAUGACAGCCUCUAGUAUAGAAUCGGCGAUCAUUGCGUAUUGCUAUCGACUGCCUGAGGACAAUGAAAUGUUGAUUACAACAAAUUGUACUGAAGCUCAGACAACGCUCCUACAAGUUUUGGAGAUUUCAAUUCCACCUGCAUGUCUUAAUGAAACUAGUGAACAAAAUCAAAAUGGCGGAGAGGCUCAAAAUGGCGAUAACCAGAAUGGCGGGAAAAUUCAAACUGGUGACGAGGAUCAAAAUGACCAAGAACUAAAUGACGCAGAGAAUGAAAAUGGCGCAGUGGUUCCUGACAAGUCUAAAGCAUAUGAAAAUGGCGGAGAUAUCAUGGGAUUAAAUUCUGGAAAUAGCUUUCGAGAUACAGGCAGACAUUCAUGGGGUUUGUUUUAUCUGCAAAUGGCAUCAGCAGUUUUACUUUGCCACAUUCUUAUUCUGUAA